CUACCAUAUUAUAUAAUUUUCCUAUAUAUAUAUCCCUUAUCUAGUGCUAUAAUAUAACAACAACCAUCCAGCUCUAAUUAACUGACUCAUUAAAAAAAAUGUAUGCUUCUACUUCCUUUUCUUCACAACUCCUCCAUGAGCUUCUUGUGGAAUCUCACACAAGAAGGUUACUCUUUCAAGGCCCGGUUGAUAAUCAACCACUAGCCAACUCUCCUGUUCUCACACAUAAUCAUAAUUCAACCGAUUCGUAUUUCGGAAUUCGUGAAUUUGAUGCGAAUGUUGUGAUGAUACUUGCAGUCCUAUUGUGUGCUCUUAUUUGCUCACUUGCGUUAAACUCUAUUAUAAGGUGUGCUUUAAGAUUUUCAAACGUAGCCAUCAACAACAACGGGUCUUCUUCGAGUUCGAGCAGCAAUUCUUCGCCUCAAUUGGUGAACAAAGGAAUCAAGAAGAAGGCUCUCAAGACAUUCCCAACCGUGAGUUAUUCAACGGAGUUGAAAUUUCCAGGUUUGGAUACGGAGUGUGUGAUAUGUAUCUCGGAAUUCACAAAGGGUGAGAAGGUGCGCAUUUUGCCGAAAUGCAACCAUGGUUUUCAUGUUCGUUGCAUUGACAAAUGGCUAAAGGCACACUCAUCAUGCCCCAAGUGCAGACAGUGUCUUCUUGAGACUUGUCGAAAGAUUGUUGGAUCGGAAGCACCACCUAUGUUGCCAGUUCCAGAAACUAUUAUUAGGAUUCAGCCACUAGAUGCUGAAGCUUUUGUACGUAACUAUAGAGAAGAAAGCUGAUUAAUGUUGAAUACAGUUUGAAACUUUUGGUUGCUCUAGUUUGUGUUCAAAAAUGUAAAUAUACAUUAGUACAAAUUUUGAGUAAAUUUUUAACAAAAUAUUAUGUGGUACUACUGUAGUAAUUAUUUGAACUGAGAAUUUUAUGUGUCUUCAAAA